AUGAUUGAAGAUUCUUCUGAUGAAGAGAAUCAAUUACUUGAUGAAUCACAAACGAUGCAUGUUGGAACUCCCCUACUUCAUUCUUCUCGUCUAAGUGUGAAACUCAAUAGGUUUUCGAAAAUGAGCAGCAAUAUAUUUCUCAAAAUGGAGAAUAUUCAACCUUCAGGCUCAGUCAAGAUGAGAGGAAUCGGUAAUUUCUGUUAUCGAACUGUUCAAUUACGAGGCACAGAUAUCCGAUUUAUAUGUGGUGUUGGGAUCAAUACUGCUCUUGCUGUUGCUUAUUGUGCAAGACAGCUCGGUGUGGAUGCUGUGAUUGUACUCCCAAAAAAUACAAAUGAGAGUAUAUGCGACGGUGUUCGAUUAGAAGGAGCACAUCUUAUUCUAUUUGGUGAUGACUUUACUGCGUCUGAAUCACAUGCUCGUAAACUGCUAAAGCGUAAUGAUGUCUAUGUUCCUUCUUCAGACCAUGCGCACAUAUGGCAAGGACAUUCUACACUUAUUCAUGAAUUGAAAUCCCAGCUACAGAAUAACCCGCCUGCAGCUAUAAUUUGCCCUGUUGGAGGUGGAGGAUUAUUGAAUGGGGUUAUUAUGGGACUCCAAGAAAUUGGUUGGAAACAAGUCCCAGUGAUUGCAGUGGAGACCCAUGGGAGCAACUCGUUCCAGUCUGCAGUAGUUGCAGGAAAAAUGGUGACCCUGCCAAGGUUAACCACAAUUGCAUCAAGUUUAGCAGUCAAGUCUGUCAGCUCAAAGUCUCUUGAACUAAGUCUGGUCCAUCCAGUAGUUCCGUUUGCAGUUAGCGAUGCAAUGGCAGCCGAUGCAGCAAGACUCUUUGCUGAUGACAACAAGACAUUAGUGGAAGCAGCAGCUGGUGCUGGACUUUCACUUUGCUACACCCAGAUCAUUCGAGAUAUCCUGCCGUCUCUUUCACCCGAAAGUGAUGUGGUUGUACUUGUGACAGGCGGAAGUGACAUCAGUUUGGAGAAAUUAGAAGAAUACCGUAAGAAGUAUAAACGGCCACCCGUGGUUGUCAAGAGUGGCAGCGAAGUUUUCUUAAAAAUGGAUGAUUCGUUGACAAACGUUCAAGAAGUCAAUAUGGAUGAACCCAGUGGGAUAUCAAAAAAGGCAUUAAAAGAUCUCAGUGCAAGACACACUUACAAGACAGAGGUGAUGGAAGAUCUUACAAUGCAACAAGCUCAAGACGAAGAAGAAAGCUAUUCAUCGGCAAAGACUCCCACACCACUUCAAAACAACUAA